CCGAGGAGGACCGCGACCGAUCGUCGCAUCGCGGAUAAAAUAUAUAAAUAAUAUUAUUUUACGUCCGCGUGCGCAAAAUAUUCGAAACGAGGUCGGCCGGCCGGGUAGACGUGCCUCGUUCUCGUCGCUCCGAUAGUAAUUGAUAAUCCAAUAAAUCGCAUCAUCGUUCGCAAGCCCCCCACUCCGUGUUAAUCUACAAUAGUGCAUCACGCGCAUCGUAAUCGUCGCCGUUGUAGUUUUACAUUUUAUCGCCACAUCAGUAUUCAGUUUCAGUAGUAUAAUAUCACAGCACGACGAUCGGUCGUCGCUCGCAUUACUACACGUCCCGACGUUCACUGUUCAGAUAUUUUUGUUGUAAAUCAUACUAUUACGAUCUGAGACAGGAAAAAUUUUACAUUAUUCGCAACGUUAUUGGGUACAUGUGAUAAAUAACAUUACAAUAAGGCCAUAUAAGGGUAACUUAGGUAAUAAUAUAUCUUAUAUUUAAAAAAAAGAAACCGAAGCCAACUGCAGCGCAUUCGAUCUUUAAUAUUUUAUAGUCGCAGGUAUGUACCACGUCGUUAUAGCUAUUAAUAUAUUAUAAAUAAUAUUUAUACUGUGUGUAGGUAUCACGUCUCCGAAUACAGUGACAGUAAAUUUUUGUACUGGGGUUGCGCGCACCGUCGAACGAAAUAGCCGGGUAACGUCGUACCUCCAUAGCACCCCCGUGUCAAUAACCUCAAAAAAAAAAAAUAAUAACAAUAAAAAGGCAGUGCGCGAAAAAGAAAAAGAAAAAGGGAUAACAAUAUAGGAGAAAAAACCGAUUUUGCCCGACUCACGUACGAUACUAUUUAGGUCGACCGCGCGCGCGGUUGUUUGUUCGAUAAAAACGAUUUCAUCACUCAACACCGUUCGCGUUAAGCGGUCAUCGUCGUCUCGCAUGCGUUCCGCCGUCCCCCGCAGCCGCCUGCAGUGGUGGUGGUGACGACGAGUUGUCGCCUGUCCGUCCGGUGGUGCCACUGCUUCGUCCCUGAUUCCUGUUCGUCGGUGUCGGUGCAGCUCUCCCGACCCGCGUGAAACUCCGUCCUUUCGCUUUUCGGCGUGGACGAUCCUAUGGACGCGUCCAUCGUACCGGCGGCUUCCGUGGCCGCGCUGCUGAUAGUGAUGCUGCUGUCCGCGUCACCGGUGGCCGCUACGUCUGGGCCACUAUUGGUCCGGUGCGCCAAGACGGAGCUGAGCGCGUGUUACUGCGGCCGGACGAUGUACGACCGACAGGAAUUGUACGCCGUCAACUGUACGGGAACAGGGCUGUCCACGCAAAAGAGCCUAGACGUGUUGCUGAACUUGCCCAGUGAAACCGAGGUGCUGAUAUUCACAGGUAAUUUUAUGUCUGAGCUGCCGACAAACAUAUUUGGUCCCAACAGUACUAUGGACAAACUACGAUUCCUAGACAUGUCUAAUAAUAGUAUACAGGAGAUAAAAGGAAAGAGUUAUCAUCAUGUUUCGAAUGUUGAACGACUGAUACUCAACAACAACAAGAUAGGAUUAAAUGGCAUUGGGUUUCAUCAUCCCAGAGUAUUUUCAAACUUUGAAAGUUUGGUAGAACUACAUCUCACUAAUGCAUUUGCUGAUGAGGGUGUUAUGAACAUUACUACUGACUUGCAUGAAGUAUUCCUCUACAGUAAUUUAAGUCGCUUGGCCAAACUUCAUCUUGAACAAAACAAGAUAAGUGUCAUAACAGAACCUCUUGUUUUCUGCCAAUUGCCUCGUCUACUUGACUUACAUCUCAGCAACAAUCAACUUACAGGCAUUAAUUUUGACAUUAAGUGUUUGCCACAUUUACGUUUUAUUGACUUAGAAGGUAAUCUUAUACGUGGACUCUCUGAAGAACAAUUCUCCAUCUUAGAUAGUGUACAAUCUAACAAUAAAUCUUUAGCCAUCGAUUUGUCCAAUAAUCCAUUUUCUUGUGGUUGUAAUAUUGAAAACCUUUAUAGUUGGUUGCGUACCACUAAGGUUUAUGUUCGCAAUAGUGAUUCAAUAAGAUGUAUCCAAGAUUUGCCAAAAAACCCUCUUGACCCAUAUGCUGCUUAUCGCAAUGAUUGUCCAACUCCAAUACGCACCACAUUAGUUGAUGGUAAUCAUGGCGGACACAAAUUGGUAAUGCUUUUUGUGUUUUGUGCUGUGAUAGCAUUUUUGGGUGUUGUAGUAUAUGUAUCUAGAUUUGGAUUGAAACGAUUGAGACCUGAAUUUAAUACUUCAAGAAAAAUACACUACACAACUAUUGGAAAAUGUGAAGAACAAGAAAUACAUGUAUGAUAGUAUGAUAAAUGAUUAGUGGUAUUAACAGUAUGGCAUGUGGAAAUUCCGACUCAUGCUUUAGGGAAAGACUGAUAACUGUUUUUUUUUUUUUAUUAUUAUUCAAUUUAAUUAAAUAAUUAAAGAGUAUAUUUAUGAAUUGUUA